CAGAGCUGCACUUUGGCCGGCUCAUACGACGGCAUCACUGACAUUCGUAAAGGCUGCGCUUCACAGGAGUUUCCAUCAGACAACUGCAACCUAUUCGUCUUGGUUCCGCAUCGUUCGGGGCCGCAGCAGAAACAAAAUCCAGCCGAAAGCAAAAUGGCUGAAACGCCUAUAAGGUUUGCCAAGGGCUCGGCCGUCUGGUGCCAAACAACCCCCGUGAACUACCACGACGCCGUCGUGCUGGAGGACUGCGUCGAGGGCGACGCCGAGGCCGUCGUGCGCUACACGACCGCGGCGCGCGUCAUGCGCGUCGCCGUCGACAAGGUGAUACCGAUCGGCGACGCGCGGCCGAGGCGGUCGACCACGAAAGUGGCCGCCGUGUCGCCAGCGCGUGCGCCCGCGGCGCCGCGGCGCAAGCAGCCGGCGCCGAAAAGGCGUCUCUCUCGCGGCGAACAGGCCGAGCUCGAGCAAUACAUGCGGCGCGACAAAUGGACCACGACCAAGACCGGGCGCGACCCCUACUACAGCAAGCCGGGUGAGACGAGGCAGUACCGGUCGCUCCUCGAGAUCGCACGUACCCACUACCCGGACGUGCUGCAUGCCCCGCUGGACUCGCUGCAGAUGCUAGACCCGCCAGGCCACGCGGCUUGGGCGGUUUCGAGCCCCUGCCGGCUCGCUGCUGGGCGCCGUAUAUAUCGUCGGUCGACACCGGAAGUCUCAGACGAUAGCGACGACGCGGCCGCCGAGGCGGCCACCGAGCCGACAGCCGCGGACGCCGCCGCGGCCGCCGCCGAGCCGGCAGCAGCCGAGCCGGCAGCAGUGGACGAGCCGGCAGCCGCGGACGCCGAGCCGGCAGCAGAGGCGGUCCAGCCGGCUGCCGAGCCCGCGGCUGAAAGCGGCGACGGCGACAGCGCGCCGGCCUUCGCCGUCGAAGCUCUGGUCGAGGCGCGGUUCCGGGGCGGUGACGUGUUCUAUCCGGCGCUCGUCCUCGUCGUCAGAGACGGCGGUAAAACCUUCGAUCUCAAGUAUACGGAUGGCGAUUUCGAGGAACGGGUGCCGGUGCACCUCGUGCGGCCGCUCGCGCGCCGCCGCCGGACGCCCGCGAGCGCGCCGGCUCCCGCGCCGCCGGCGCCUCCAGCACGCAAGCGGAAGCCGGCGAAGCGCGCGAAGAAAGCGCCCGUCGCCACGCCCGCGCCGCCGCCACCAGCGGCCGUCGCCGCACGGCCGGGCCACGAGGUCGUCGGCCGGCGCGUCCGGGUCUGGUGGACGGACGACGCGGCGUGGUACGCCGGCGAGGUCAAGUCCUUCGACGGCGAGAAGCACGCCAUCCUGUACGACGACGGCGAGGGGGAGGCGCUCGACCUCUCGAGGGAGAAGCACGAGUUCGUCGCCGCGCGGCCGUCCACGACGUUGGGGCGGACGCACCGCGGCGCGCCGGCGCGCUGCUACGCGAAGGGCACGCCGCAGAGCCGCGGCGCGGGCGUGGGGACGUCCUCCUCCGAUGACGACUCGUCGUCGUCGGAUGACGAGGCCGCUGAGGCUCCUGCUCCGGCGCCGGCCGCUUUGACGCCGCCGCCCACCAACGAGUCGAGCGACGACGAGGAUGUCGAGGCGCUGCGGCGGGCGCGCCGGCCCAAGCAGCGCGUCGCGCCCCAACCGACGGUUGAGGGCGGGGUUGCUGCGCAGACGGAGUGCGAGAGGAUCUUCGGCGAGCCCGACUCGGACGCGGAGGAGCGCGAGGACACGGCCUCGGCGAGCGAGCCGUCGCAGGGGCCCCAGUCGAAGCGCCAGCGCAACGACGAUGGCUUCGUUGUCUACGAGGGCUUCCGAAGCUUCGGCCGGGCGAACCCGACGGUUUUGCCGGUCGAGGAGCCGCUAGCGUAAGACUAGAACAACAC